CAUUGAAGGAUCUGGAAGAUGCAGCUUGUAAAGAAGGACUGAGGAACUGCAAGGAGCUGUUAGCCAAAGGGAAUAUUCUGAGCGGCUGGUACACCAUCUAUCCCAGAGGCUGCACUGCCAUGCGUGUGCUGUGUGACAUGGACACAGAUGGUGGAGGCUGGAUUGUCUUUCAGAGACGGGCAGAUGGUUCCGUUGAUUUUUUCCGUGACUGGGAUUCGUACAAGAGGGGUUUUGGAAGCUCACUGACAGAAUUCUGGCUGGGGAAUGACAAUAUUCACCUAUUAACAUCUCUUGGAGCUAACGAACUGCGCAUUGACCUCCGAGAUUUUGAAAAUAACCAUGUUUUUGCCAAGUUCAAGUCAUUCAAAAUUUUAGACGAGACUCAGAAAUACAAGCUGAUUCUAGGAGACUUUAUUAACAGCACUGCAGGUGAUUCAUUAGCAGCUCACAGGAACAAGUUCUUUACAACAAAAGACCGUGAUAAUGAUCCUGCUUCCAUUAAUUGUGCUACACUUUACAAAGGGGCCUGGUGGUACAGUAAUUGCCACGACUCAAACCUCAAUGGGAUGUAUUGGCUGGGAGCCCAUAAUAGCACCGGAAAUGGUAUAAUCUGGCACGCCAGCAGAGGCAACAAAUAUUCCUUCAAACUCUCAGAAAUGAAAUUUCGGCCUGUUCAGCAAUGA